GGGCCAGGGGUGGGAGGAUGGCGGCUCGGACCUCCUAGGGCGGAGCUCCACGGGCGAGGCGGCGAGCGGGGUGCUGCAGGCGGGCGCGGCGGCUGCUGCCAUGGACUGGUGAUCGCGGCGGCUACUGCUCGCGUCUCCCCUGGCCGGGCGGCUGCUCCUCACCGCCAACCCCUCAGCCGGGGCCAUGGGCUCGUCGGCGGCCGCGGCGGCGGCGGCGGCGGCGGCCGCGGACUCGGCGCAGUGGCUCUCGGUGAAGGAGGAGACCAUCUUCCUGCACGACGGGCUGAUCCGGGUCACCGACCUGGCCGAGCUGCCCAGCGAGAUUCUUGGGGCCCCGGAGGCCGCCGACACCGACUUGGAGAUUUUAACAUUUGAGACCAAGAAUCCGACGGAAUUAGCAGAACGUUUGCGCUCUGUUUGUGGGAAUCAGAGCAAUGCGUAUGCCCGCCUGCUGGAAUACCGCCUGAAUGCCUUGCGAGGACUGUGGAAUGCCCAGCGCCAGCUGGCCUUGGAAGAACAGCAUGAAAGGGAAAGUUCAGGUGACGAAGAAACUUUGGCCCUGCUCAAACGCCAGGGCUUGUUGCAGCAACCCGAGCAAGCUCCCUUCACGUCAAGGAUGGGGCUCCUGCUGGUCUUCCCCCUUAUUCAAUCCCAGAGUAGAACAGACCCCUCUCUCUGUAACAUAACUGCUGAGGUGCUAUUGAACUGCCUUCGCGACUGCCAGCCUUUGAGCUUGACCAAGGAGCCUGCUGACUGUCUGAAUGGAAUCGAAACUUUGCUGUGCUCUUGGCUAGAGGAGACUUCUGACACAGGCCGACACAUCCCACAUAAGCAAAAAGAAAAUGCUGCUGCUGCCCUGGUGGCUUUGGCAUGUGCCAGGGGAUCAUUGAAAACUUUUGUUCAUACAGUCCAUCUAUUACAGAAGCAGACAGAUCUAGGGUCCCUGCCUGUAGCCGAUGUGCUGUAUAGGCUGUUGCUUUUGGAAGGGGGACCUGGAUCCCCCUCCUGUUUGCUUGGUGGCAAACACAUAGUAUCAUGGGGGUAUGAAGACAUGUUGCCUGCACCAGAUAGCAACACUGGCUCCAGUUCUGAAAAUAAAGAUGCUGACUUGGGACGCUGUGUCACGGCAGAUGGUCUUUACCUGUAUACUACUAACUCAGUUGGAAGAGGAGUAAGCAAAUUGGGGUCUGGAUUACAUGGUACUCUCAGAGGUUUUGUGUACUGCCGGAAUGAGGAGCUGGAACCAGGAUGGAUUGCUUUUGGCAGUGGCAGUCUUCUCCACCGGCCUGUAUCUUUUGACAAUAAACCUCACUCUCUUUUCCAGGUCAUUGACCAGAAUACCCUUCAGGUGUGCCAGAUGGUGCCAAUGCCAGCCAAUCACCUCCCUGUGGGCAGCACUAUGAGCACCGUGCACCUUUCUUCAGAUGGUACUUACUUCUAUUGGAUCUGGUCUCCUGCCAGUCUGAAUGAGAAAACACCUAAGGGACAUUCUGUCUUCAUGGACAUUUUUGAACUUGUGGUUGAAAAUGGUGUAUUUGUAGCCAACCCGCUUCAGGAACGCACAAUUCUAAUGAGAAAAGAGGGCGAAUCUGCAAAAAGCAUUAAUGAGAUGCUUCUGAGCAGACUUUCACGCUACCGAGCCUCGCCAUCCGCAACGCUGGCUGCCCUUACCGGCUCCACCAUCUCCAACACCCUGAAAGAGGACCAGGCAGCAAAUACUAGCUGUGGCCUUCCUCUAAAAAUGCUUCGGAAGACGCCCAUUUACACCUGUGGUACAUACUUGGUGAUGCUGGUCCCACCUCCAGGGGGAUCAGGCAGCUCUGCUACCCGGUCUCUUUUUGGUGGAACAAGUGGUUUGUCAUCUUUAAAAAUCCUAGCUUCUAGCUUGGUGUAUAAUAUUUCGGAUGGUCAAUUCACAAGUCGUGCCGAUCUCAUAGAUGCUGCUGGAAGCUCAUUGGGGCGUGGUGCUCUUGUACCAGGAUUGGGUGCCUGUUACGAUACAGUGAACAACAUGCUAUGGACAUGCUCGAAUGACUAUAUCGAUCAAUGGUGUAAUCCUGGGAAUCAGGCCUUCCAUUACGUCUGUCAGAGACUUGGAGUCAGCCAUAUCAUCACUGAGCCCAAAGAAGAGGCUAUAACCACGAAUGAGGUUAUAAACCAAUUAUUGCACCAUGUUGGUGCGAUGUGCGUACACCAACUCAAUCUUCUUGCUACCAACCCCAAUCUUCCAAUCACAAGUGUCUUGGGCAAGCAGCAUCCAAUUGAAGCGCACCAUCUUAGCAGUAUUUGUGACAUUAUGGAGAAGGCCAUGGUUAAUGGAGACACCUGUAUCAUACGCUGCAUUCUCGUUGUCUUUCAGGUGGUGUUUAAAUUUUUCUUCAGCCCACAAACUGAAAGGAAUCGAGACAUCAUUCGACGGUCGGGGUUGCUUCUUUGGCAGUUGUUGAUGGCACCAAAAGAUAAAAUUUGCCCUGAAAUUCAGAAGGAAGUCUGCCUUGCCAUCAGCUCUGGUUUAAAUAUCUUGUACCCAGGUGAAACUGAAAUCAAUAACUUACUUAAGCUGGUCUUAACAGAAGGAGAGAGAAAUAGCGGCCUCUCCCAGCUGCGGGAUGUGAUCCUAACCAAUUUAGCUGAACAGCUUCAAAACAACCGAUUUGGCAGUGAGGAGGAUGAUCAUUACAGACUAAAUGACGAACUUUUACACUACAUUCUGAAGAUUGUUGUACGAGAAUCCUGUAUCUUAAUCACCAAGUGCCAAACUGUCUCUAAAGAUGAUUUUCAAAAACUCCUUUCAACUGUGCCUGCUGCAUCCUCCUGCCUGCGCUAUCUGAUGGCAGUUCAGAACCACCUUCUCAGUAACACUGUUUUGAUUAAACCUGAUGAGAAUGAUGACAGUGACAACUCCUUGCAGGGAGAGACAUUGAAGGUACAGGAGCUAAAGGUCAGUAUUUUGGCUCUUGCCACCCAAAUCCUGACUGGAUGUGAUGAAGUGUUGGAAAUGCUACAGCAGGUCACAACUGCCCUCAUAAAUAGUGACAUAGCUGACCGGGAGCAGAGGUUAAAAGGCUUGGAACAAGUUACUAAGGCUACUAUGCUCGGUCACCUUCUUCCUGUGUUACUGACCUCCCUGAUGCAUCCAAAUUUACAGACUCUGACCAUGGCCGAUGCCCUGAUGCCUCAGCUAGUGCAGCUGGUACUUUAUACCAGUCAGACGGCUUUGCUGCUCAAAACCCAGUGUCCGGUUUUUGCUGAGGUGGGCUGUUCCCCAUGUGGUGCAUCAGACCAGAAGGGCAGGCUGUUCCCUGAUGAGAGAAUGCUGGAAGAGAAGGAAGAGCCAGGGUUUCUCACUGGUUUAAAGAUUCCUGCUCCAUGGGCUGCUGGGAAGACUGUGGAAACAGUCCAUCCUGUCAGAGACAACUAUAAAUUUAAAGAAACUGUCCAUAUCCCCGGAGCUCGCUGCCUAUACCUUAGAUUUGAUAGCAGAUGCUCUUCACAAUAUGACUAUGACAAAUCUAACAGUAUAUUUUCUGUUUUGAAGUUGGUGAUAUACGCGGGGCCUAACACAAACAGUAGGAAGGUUGCUGAGUAUGGAGGCAACACACUGGGAUAUGGCAGCCGUAGUGUCUUAGGAACUGGUUGGCCGAAAGACUUGGUGAAGGUGGAAGGAGAUACAGUCACCUUCUCCUUUGAAAUGAGAAGUGGCCGUGAACACAACACUCCCGAUAAAGCUAUGUGGGGCUUUGCUUGCACAGUUCGCGCUCAGGAGUCUUCAGAGGAUGUGUCGGGAGGCUUACCUUUUCUGGUAGACCUGGCUUUAGGUCUGUCUGUGUUAGCUUGUUCUAUGUUAAGAAUCCUAUACAAUGGACCAGAAAUUACCAAAGAAGAAGAAGCCUGUCAGGAGCUGCUGCGGUCCAAACUUUUACAAAGGUGCCAGUGGCAGGUGGAGGCCAAUGGUGUGAUCUCCCCUGCCCUUACUCCAAGCCCGUCUCCACUGCCUCUGACCAUUGAGGAAGACAGAGAAUUCACUUACCCCUCUGACGUCCUCGUGCCUCCUGUUGGAAACUACUUUGACCUGCCCCGGAUCAGGCUGCCUCCAGGAAUCAUGAUAAAGCUCAGGGAAAUUUCUGGGCGUGCCAGACCUCAAUUUAGACCAAGUAUAAAAGAAGUAAUCCAGCCAGACGUGAUGGAGGAAAUGGUGGUAUCAUGUGUCAUUAAGCACUUGAACUUGGUUGAUGCACUGCAGUCCCUAAUAAAUUUCCAGUAUCAAGAAGAACAUGCUGAGGAAUAUGAUUUAUUGUGUAAAAUCAUGGGAGAGACAUUUAAGAAACUCAAUGCCAUGGAGAGACAGCUGCAGAGUGUUGCAGAAUUGGAACAGAAAUGGCAAAGUGAGGUUGAUGAUGCCACACAGGGGAAACUGGAGAACAACAUGCCUUUCUUCUAUGAUUACCAUUUUAAUGAGAACAAAAUGAAAGAACUAGAACUUUUGUGUUCAAUGAAGGAAGUCUCCUUUGAUGGAAAUGAUCUUGAAAACAUGGUCCUAUCUCUGAGGGAGAAGUUCCUACAAGAAGUGAAUUCUCUUAUUCAGAAACCCUCGCACCCACUGGCUAAAACGAAGACGUUAGUGAAGAGUCUAAUGAACCGAGCUGAGCUGUUGCUGCACGUCACCAUUGCGGCCCAGUCCGGCCUCACAAGAAGCAUCUCAGGGACCCCCGCAGAAACACCGGCUUGUAAAUCAGCCUCUGAAACAAAGGUGAUAUCUCAUGCUGUGCGGCAGCCUGUUUUUCUUCGCAGCAUGUCGGCUCCUUCUGACCUGGAAAUGAUUGGUAACGAAGAUUUGGAAUUUACUAGAGCAAAUCAGAGGCGGCGCCACGUGACCAGCCACCGCAGCAGCUCCUUCACGCUCCUGCAGUCAUUGGCCAUCGAGGACAGCAGGGAUAAGCCCACCUACAGCGUCCUGCUGGGGCAGCUGUUUGCUUUCAUCGGCACCAACCCUGACCAAGCUGUGUCCAGCAGCAGCUUUCUUUUGGCUGCGCAGACAAGGUGGCGGCGGGGAAACACUCGCAAGCAGGCGCUGGUGCACAUGCGGGAAUUGCUGACGGCUGCCGUGCGAGUCGGGGGAGUGACACAUCUUGUGGGUCCGGUGACAAUGGUCCUUCAGGGAGGACCCAGAAUUGAAGAACUAACCUGUGGUGGGAUGGUCGAGCAGGUCCAGGAAGCCUUUGGCGAGACCAUGACUUCUGUUGUCUCUUUGUGCGCCCGUUACCCUAUCGCUUGUGCGAAUAGCAUCGGACUCUUAUGUACUAUACCUUACACCAGGAGUGAAGAGAAGUGCCUGGUGCGCAGUGGCCUUGUUCAGCUCAUGGAUCGACUGUGCAGCUUGAGCAGUCAGACUGAGUCCAGCUCCAGUGAGAAACAAACCAAGAAGCAGAAGGUGGCCACCAUGGCCUGGGCAGCCUUCCAGGUGCUUGCCAACCGCUGUGUUGAAUGGGAAAAAGAAGAAGGCGGCUCCACAGACGCUGUGCACUCAGGUCUGGCCCGUCAGGUGUCCAGCCUUCUCACUAACCACCUCGCCCGAGCGACAGAGAGCUGUGGCAACCAGGCUGCCGGGAAUGAUGCCCUCCAGGACGUCCUGAGUCUUCUCAAUGACCUCUCGAGGAGUCACAUAGGUAAAGCCAUCCUGAGCCAGCCAGCUUGUGUGUCCAAACUCCUCUCCCUGCUGCUUGACCAACGCCCGUCCCCAAAGCUGGUUCUUAUCAUUCUUCAGCUGUGCCGGGCGGCACUCCCGCUGAUGAGCGUAGAAGACUGUGGGAAUGUGGAGCUCCCACCCUGGAGCUAUUCUGUCCCCUCCCUAAACAGCGAGCAAGAGGAUCCCAGCGACCCAGCGUCCAAGAUCGCCUCGUUGCUCUUAGCAAAGCUAGCAGAUUACGUGGUCCCAGGAUGUCAGACAGUCCUUUCUCCAACCGCUUCCGAACCUGACACCACGCUGACAAAAAUCAGCCCCAAGAGUUCCUUAAAAGGAGAUAAAGACCCUGGAGAAGAGAGUGAAGCAGUGGAUGGCAAGCUCUCUAUCUUUAUCCACAAGCGGGAAGACCAGUCAUCCCAUGAAGUUCUCCAACCAUUACUAAGUAGCUCAGAAGGACGGCCCUUCCGACUUGGUACUGGUGCCAACAUGGAGAAAGUCGUGAAAAUGGACCGAGACAUGACAAAGGGUGGCUGCUGUGAGGUGAUUACAGAAGAGGCGGCAGCUGCUCUGCGAAAAGCAACCAAGUGGGCACAGUCAGGCCUCAUCGUCAGCGUUGGGCCACCCGUGGAAUCGCUCAACCCAGAGACUGUGAGUGGACUGUCCACAGGGGACAAGAAGAAAACCGCCCAAACUUCCAUUUGCCGAGAGAGGAACUCUGAACUUGCCAGGACCGACCCUGUCCGACCUUUCAUCAGUGGGCAUGUGGCAAACAGCAUGGCUGCAGAAGUGAUCGCCUUGCUUCACAGCUUGCUGAUGGCGCCUGAGUCAAAUGCUGCUCAGAUAUGGACCACGACAGCAGAGAAGGUUCUGUCUCGUGCGCUGAUGUACAUUCCACAAUUGGGGAAAUAUGCAGAAAGCAUUCUGGAAAAUGGCAGCAGUAGUGGCAGAAAACUCGCCAAACUUCAGAGAAUCGCCCGCCAGGCUGUCGCUGCACUGUGUGCACUUGGAGGCUUCAAAGAGACAAUCAAGAUAGGGUCUGAGGUUCAGGUUUUAGGUAGAGGAAUAUCAGGAAGCGUCGGAGUAGUGGCUUCUAUCAAUGAACAGGAAGGUAUAGCUACAGUCAAAUUCCCACCCAUAGACUGUAGAAAGACGUCGCAAGCAUCAGACACACUGACUAUUCCAUUGUCUAGACUUUGUGUUCCAAGAUCAGAGGCAUUGCCUCUUCAUAAACUGUCCAUUACUGAGAAGGUAGUACAGGCAGUCCAGUCCAUGUUGCUUCCUCAGGAGGGAAGUCUCUCUAUUCAUACCUCACUUCCUGCAACAGGAGAUGGGUCAGCUCCUGUGAUGGCAGUCGUUCGGCUCCUGGCUGAAAUAAGAACAAGAGCAUGCCUGGUCAUGGCCCAGCUUUUAGAAGACAGCUUAUUUUGUGAAGAAUUCAUACAGCAGUGUCCAGCAGCUGUUGAAGUUCUCAACCUAGUAGCCCAGGAAUGCAGUGCUGGAGAGCGACUGGCAGUUGUGGAAGUGCAGUGUGAACGGCUGAGGAUGCUCUACCGGGACUGUGCUCGGCCCCCGCCACCUCCACUGCAGGCUGACCGGAGACAGCCCAAAGAGAUUACAUGGAGCCCCUCACGAGUAUUUCCACCUGUCCGAGCCUGCAUGUUCUCAUCGCACCUCACUUCCGUCACCUUCCUUGCUGACCCCAGCGCUGGGGGCGGUCUGCCCCGGGGCACAUUUAUCUAUGCCACCUCACCACUGCCCAUUCAGGCCCCAUCUUUCUACUGGGAAAUUGAAAUUGUUUCCUAUGGAGAUAGUGAUGAUGACACUGGACCAAUAGUUUCCUUUGGCUUUGCUACAGAAGCAGAGAAAAGAGAUGGGGCUUGGACUAAUCCAGUGGGCACUUGUCUUUUCCAUAACAAUGGCCGAGCCGUGCACUACAACGGCUCCAGUUUAUUACAGUGGAAGAGCGUUCGCUUAGACGUGACUCUCUCUCCUGGUGACGUGGCAGGAAUUGGCUGGGAGAGAACCGAGGGAACGCCUCCUCCUCCAGGGCAGCCAGCCAAAGGCCGAGUGUACUUCACAUACUGCGGGCAGCGCCUCUCACCGUAUCUUGAAGAUGUCUCGGGUGGGAUGUGGCCUGUGGUUCACAUUCAGAAAAAGAACACCAAGACGCGAGCUAACUUUGGCUCCCGCCCAUUUGCCUAUGCUGAAGGGCAGGCCCACCGCAACGCUGCCGACCUGUGCACCGACCUGGCAGAGGAGAUCAGCGCUAACUUCGAGGCCCUGCCCUUUGCCAUGGCAUCUGACAGUGACAAUGAUGCUGGCACCAGUAUUGCGUCAGACCCGGGCACUCACGGGCCACCGUGCCGGAUUGCUGCCGUGGCCACUGCUCAGCAGCAAUAUGAUAGUGACACUUCCUGUCAUUAUAAAGUAGAGCUCAGCUAUGAGAAUUUCAUCACCUCUGGCCCAGACCCCCAUCCGCCCCCCAUUGCAGAUGACGAAAGUGAUGACGAUGAUGACGAUGACAUCCCACAGGAGGACCACUACGCUCUGCUGGUGAAAGCAUGGGAGACCAAGGUUUUUCCUACUAUCCGAAGACGCUUCCGCAAUGAAGCAGAGCGGAAAUCGGGCCUGGACCAGAUAAAGGGUGCUUUACAACUAGGCAUGGUGGAUAUCGCCCGGCAGACGGUUGAAUUCCUCUACGAGGAGAAUGGUGGCAUCCCAAGAGACCUUUAUCUUCCCACCAUUGAAGACAUUAAGGACGAAGCAAACAAGUUCACAAUUGAUAAAGUUCGAAAAGGUCUCACAGUAGUAACCCGCUCUCCAGACAGCAAUAACGUAGCCAGCAGUACUGUUGGAACUGCCCUGCCAAAAUUUGCCAUCCGAGGGAUGCUGAAAACCUUUGGGCUUCAUGGAGUUGUCUUAGAUGUUGAUUCAGUAAAUGAAUUGGUGCAGGUAGAAACAUACCUCCGAAGCGAAGGUGUGCUGGUCCGAUACUGGUAUCCUAUUGAUAUGUUGGAAAGGCCCCCAGCAGGCUACCGAAGGACUGCCACCAAUGGGCUGGUCACCCUGGACAAUACCAACCUUCAAAUUCACAGGGAGCUGCUGCGCUGCGAGGCCGCACUGGCCAGGCUGUACUGCCGCAUGGCCCUGCUCAACAUCUUCGCCCCCAAGCUGCCUCAUCUGUUUACCCGCCUCUUCCACAUCCCUGCCAUCCGGGACAUUACCCUGGAGCACCUGCAGCUGCUGUCCAAUCAGCUCCUCGCUCCUCCCCUCCCAGACGGCACUAUCAGCUCCAGCUCCAUCCUCCUGGCACAGUCCCUGCAGCACUGCAUCCAUUCCCAGAACUGCUCGGCCACGGACCUCUUCUACCAGGGCAGCUCCCAGACAGUGAGAGAGUGGCUCAACGUGGCCAUCACUCGGACCCUGCACCAGGGUGAGGAAAGCCUGUUGGAGCUGACGAAACAGAUCUGCUCUUUCCUGCAGACGGCACCAGAGCAGUUCCCCUCCGAAGAGUUUCCAAUUUCCGAGUCCAAGGUCAACAUGGACGUCAAUUUCCCCGGGGCGGCUUUUGUCGUAGUAUCUUGCAAAGAAAGUCAGUCUGGAUUCCGCAAAGACUCCUCUCUGUACAAGGCGCCGUGGGCGCGGGUGCUUGUGUACGGGCUGGGCCACAAAGUGAAGCGAAAUGGCCAGCUAAACCUCAUCGAGGCCAUCUGUUACCCGCGGGAUGCAUCUCCGGCCAACACGGGGCUCACGCCGCCUCCCACCACCAACCAGUACCCUUCUGUGAUCCUCUCCACAGACAAAGUCCACAUCAAACUGGGGGUGUCUCCCCCUCCCGGAGCCGUGCUGGUGUUACACUCUCUGCCCAUUGAGUUCCCACUGGCGAUGGCCUUCGCAGAGCAGCUGCUGUCCUGGAAGUCGGAGGAUGGGGAAGGGAGAUCUGAAGAUGAGCCUGACACCAUCCCGACGUCCGUCCUCCUGCAAGUGGUGGAACUGCUCGGAAACUUCCUGUGGACCACAGACAUGGCGGCCUGCGUGAAAGAGCUGGUUUUCCACCUCCUGGCAGAGCUCCUGCGCACAGUGCACAGCCUGGAGCAGAGGAAGCACCCUGCCGGCCUGUCCUCGUCCAUCGCCCUCCAGCUGAACCCCUGCCUGGCCAUGCUGAUGGCCCUGCAGUCGGAGCUCCACAAGCUGUACGACGAGGAGACGCAGAGCUGGGUCUCGGGCAGCACGUGCGGUGGCUCGGGGACCGUGGCGGCCACCGACCAGGGCAGGUUCUCUACGUAUUUCCAUGCGCUCAUGGAAGGGUGCCUGGCGGUGGCCGAGGUGACCCUGCCUACCAACAUGAGUGUCACUGCCAGCGGGGUGACGUCGGCGACCGCCCCCAACCUCAGCGACUCGUCGUCCUCCUCGUCGUCCUCCCCAGGACAGACGCCACAGAGCCCCAGCCUCCUGUCCAAGAGGAAGAAAGUCAAGAUGAAGCGGGAAAAGGCCUCCUCCUCUGGGAAGCGCCAGUCCUCGCGCUCAGUGGACUCGGACCCCACCGUGCUGAGCAUCGGGGGUGGCAAGCCCGAAGACAUGCUGUGGUUCCACCGCGCCCUGACCUUGCUCAUCAUCCUCCGGCACCUCACCAGGAAGGACCCGCAGGGGCUGGGUGUGACGAGCGACGCCAUCGCCGACGCCUGCCAGGCCCUGGUGGGUCCCACCGCCCAUAGCCGCUUGCUGGUGAUCUCUGGGAUCCCCACCCACCUGGACGAGGGCAUCGUCAGAGGCGCCAUCCGCAAGGCCUGCAACGCCCACGGCGGGGUCUUCAAAGACGAGAUCUACAUCCCCCUGCAGGACGAAGACCCCAAGAAGCCAAAAGACAAGGCCGAGGGCGGUGAUGGGAAAACUGAGCCAGAGAAGACCCUUGGCUUCCCCAGCACAGACAGCUUGGAGGUCAGCACGUCCCGCAGCCCGACCCCCGCCAUGAGCAUCAGCGCGUCUGCGUCCACCAGUCAAGCCUCCAUCUGCAGCUCCCAGGGCAUCUUGCAGACGGUCAGCGACGUCUCCAUGGAACCGCUGCCCUCGGGCCUAGAGCUGCCCAUCCCUGCGGGCUUAUUGGAGCCCCACGUAGUGUCCAGCCAGGAGAGCCUGGACGUUUCCCUAUGCAGCACCAGCAGCCUGGGCAGCCUUGGGAGCCUGGGGGAGCCACUGGACAAUGCAGAAACGGCCUCAGUGUCAGACAUGGGCUCCAUGUACACAGUCACGUCCCUGGACAACCAGCCCCUCACAGCACGCCCCAUCAAAGGCUUUGCGGUUGUGGAGAUCAGAUCCCGAGCCAAAAUCGAGAAAAUCCGAGCGAGUUUAUUUAACAAUAAUGACUUGAUUGGUUUGUCAAGUUUGGAUGGUGAAGAUGAAUUGAUGGAAAUGUCAACGGAAGAGAUACUCACUGUGUCUGUAGUAAAUCAGAGUUUGUUUGAUACGCAGGGGAGCCCAGGGUUAGAAGAUUAUUUCAAUGAUAAGUCAAUUAAAGGUGAGAAGCUGGUGCCCGGGGCCAGAGAGGUGCUGACGGAGAUAUUUAAGAGCUGCGCCCACUCAGAGCAGAUGCUGAGCCUGACACCAGCAAAGCCCAUCAAAGUGUCUGACAUUUAUCUCAGCAAAGAGCAGAUCAACUCCCAGACGCCAGGCAACCUCCUCCACCUCUUCUUCACCAAUGUUCGGCCCCCCAAAAAGGUGCUGGAGGACCAGCUCACCCAGAUCCUGAGGAAGUACGGCGUGCCAAAACCCAAGUUCGACAAGAGCAAGUACAGCAAGGCGGGGAAGGAACAGCACCCCGGGAAGGUGGUGAGCACCAAGCGGCCCAUCACCAAGCCACCCGCCAAGGACAAGGCCGUGCUCAACAGCGUCAGCAGGACUGCCUUGAGCGAGAAGAAGCCCACUGUGAAGCCGAAGUCACCGGAGAAGAGCAAGCCGGACGAAAAGGACCCAGAAAAGUCACCCACCAAAAAACAAGAAGUCCCUGAGGAAAAGUACCUGACAUUGGAAGGAUUUCACAAGUUUGUUAUUGAUCGAGCCAAGCAAGACAUCCGUAGUGUCUGGAGGGCGAUUUUAUCCUGUGGUUACGAUCUUCAUUUUGAGAGGUGUGCCUGCAUCGACGUCCGGCACGCACACAAGGCCUCCAGGAAGUGGACCCUGGAGAUGGACGUGGCGCUCGUGCAGUACAUCAACCGGCUGUGCCGCCACCUGGCCAUCACGCCUGCGCGGCUGCAUCCCCACGAGGUGUAUCUGGACCCCACAGACGCCGCCGACCCCAGAGUGGCCUGUCUCUUGAAUGUGCCCAUCGAGAGCCUGCGCCUGCGCUUCGCCCUGCUGCAGUCCCUGAACACCACGCUCGAGACCUUCUUCCUGCCACUCGUGGAGCUGCGCCAGACGCCCAUGUACACGCACAGCAUCGCGGCUCUGCUGAAGGAGGCCAAAGGGCUGAUCUUUUAUGACACGAAGGUGACCGUCAUGAAUCGGGUGCUGAACGCCACAGUGCAGAGGACAGCUGACCACGCGGCACCGGAGAUUACUCUGGACCCACUGGAGAUCGUGGGAGGGGAGAUCAGAGCCUCUGAAAACUCCUACUUCUGCCAGGCGGCCAGGCAGCUGGCCUCGGUGCCAUCCUCCCAGCUUUGUGUCAGACUGGCGAGUGGCGGUGACCCCACCUAUGCCUUCAACAUCCGCUUCACUGGGGAGGAGGUCCACGGCACCAGCGGCUCCUUCCGCCACUUCCUGUGGCAGGUGUGUAAAGAGCUGCAGAGCUCCUCGCUCUCCCUUCUCCUGCUGUGCCCCAGCUCAGCCGUCAACAAGAACAAGGGCAAGUACAUCCUGACCCCAAGCCCCAUCACCUACGGGGAGGAGCAGCUGCUGCACUUCCUGGGCCAGUUGCUGGGAAUUGCGAUUCGAGCAGAUGUCCCUCUUCCCCUGGACCUCCUGCCCUCCUUCUGGAAGACGCUGGUGGGUGAGCCCCUGGACCCUGACCAAGACCUGCAGGAAGCAGACAUACUCACCUACAAUUAUGUCAAGAAAUUCGAGAGUAUCAACGACGAGAGCGAGCUGGAGGCCCUGUGCGCCGAGAUUGCCUCCCAGCACCUGGCCAUCGAGAGCCCCGACGGGCCCAGUAAGCCCUGCUGCCGGUUCACCUACCUGACCAUGGCGGGCGAGGAGGUGGAGCUGUGCAGCCGCGGCCGGCACAUCCCUGUGGCGUGGGAGAACAAGGACAUCUACGCAGCAGCCAUCCGGAGCCUGCGGCUGCGGGAGCUGCAGAACGUCGAGUGUGUGACAGCCGUGCGCGCGGGCCUGGGCGCCAUCAUCCCCCUGCAGCUGCUCACCACGCUCAGCCCGCUGGAGAUGGAGCUGCGGACGUGCGGCCUCCCUUACAUCAACCUCGAGUUCCUGAAGGCCCACACCAUGUACCAGGUGGGCCUGAUGGAGACGGACCAGCACAUCGAGUUCUUCUGGGGGGCACUGGAGAUGUUUGCCCAGGAGGAGCUGUGCAAGUUCAUCAAGUUCGCCUGCAACCAAGAGCGCAUCCCGUUCACCUGCCCCUGCAAAGACGGGGGCCCCGACACAGCCCAUGUGCCCCCAUACCCCAUGAAGAUCGCCCCCCCGGAUGGCACAGCAGGUUCCCCAGACUCUCGCUACAUCCGAGUGGAGACCUGCAUGUUCAUGAUCAAGCUUCCCCAGUACUCCUCUCUGGAAAUCAUGCUGGAGAAACUUCGUUGUGCCAUUCACUAUCGCGAAGACCCCCUGAGUGGCUGAGGGGAGGGAGCCCGAGUUAGGCUGUCACCAAGGCACCGCUCUGCUGGCUUAGGAAGCCUGCCACUGCGAGCACAUCCCUCCGGGGCCCUGCGUGAGGAGUUGGCAACAUUUUGCUUUUCCGAACCUUUGUCCACAUUCCAGGACCUCCUGGAAGACUUAACCUUAUGUAUUUGUACGUUUUGUGAUGGGUUGGUUCUUUUGCUACCUAUUUGUGGUAUGUUUGUAGGAUAGUUUAGUUCCCAGACAGCUCCUGUCUCAUUUGAUCUUCCUGGACAUGUUCCUUCAUGGCCACCAGGUUCUGAGGCUGUGAGGCCCCAGUUGGUUCCACAUCAUAGAACCACCCAGCAGGAAGCUGGUAGUGAGAUGCCCUUGGCCCACAGAGCACCUGUUCUUUCUGCAGAGCGUCUUCACAGACAAGUGUGUGGCCAGCCCUGCCCCUCCGCCUUGAGCUGGAGUUUCUCCUGGACGUGGCUCCUGCAAGCCUCCUUCCAUCUUGAAAUGGUUGGGCCAGUUACCCAAACCUGGGAGACACACACAGGGAGCUUUACGUGUUAAUCUUCCGGCUUUAGACCCUUGUCCAUGGUCUGGGUUCUCCUGAAGAAAAGCCCACAGUGGUUCCCCCGUCCCUUCCCACCCAGACAGCCCUCUCUGCUGUCCGACUCUUCUGGGCCCCGGUCCGACAGUUUCCCACUGAGUGCUGCCCAGGAUUAGAAGACCAAAGGGUUCCUCCCUGACCUUAGUACGCAGAGCCAGGCCAGGUGCGUCCCAGCUCAGGAGUUGAGAGGACCCCUGGAGCUAGAGGGACAGUGCUCAAGUUGGGGGCCUUUUUCUGAGGCUCAGAACAGGAAAGCACAUGACUCAAGCCUGCCCCACUUUUGUACUCAGAAACGUCCCUUCCUCACUACGGUAUUUGUGAUGUGAGGAGCAGAGGAAAGGCUACACCCCAUUUUAAAAAGAGCUGUCUGAGGUGCUCUGCUCAAUUCAGGGCCUACUGCAGUGACUAAGACCUUCAAGUCCAGAUGGAGACACCAGGGUCCUUCUGCCCCUCUGGCCGGGCCCACGCGGCACCCCCUCCCCACCCCAUGUGAGUGUGUGCCAGGGCUGAGCUGCUGCAGCCCACCUGCGGCCCCAGUGCAUUUGUGCCCUGAGUAGGUCUUUGUCCACUGGUACUUUGUUCGGGAGCAGCAUAUGCCAUCUUGCUGGACACUGUCAUUUUGGGCCUUGCCAGUUCUCACAGAAUCACAUCGCUGUAUUUAUUGUAUAAUAUUGUGAAUAUUGGAAGUUCUGAGUGAGUGCUGUCUAGAAGGUUUUGGAGCGUGAAUGCUGGUGAGAGAGGAUUUGCUCCUCCCUUCUCUGCUGUGGCCCUGGCCUGUUGGAAAGGUGUGUGGAUUUUAGAGUUAGAGGCAUUCGCAUCCACCUCCUCCGUGUUCUUCUUAGGAAAUGAAUUAAGGACCAUUAUAGAAAAGAUUCCCCGACCUAAGGAAAGGAUAAACCUGGAUGAAUUGUUCCGGUUGCAUCAGUUACAUUUGAUGCAGGAUCAGUCAUGUCUGGAGGUGCCUGCAAGCAGUUUCCCUAAUUGGAAGGAAUACGGUAGGCCACUGCCUCCUGGGGGCCACAGCCCCCUUGACUGGGGGGGGGGGCGCGGGUCACGCCAGGAUGUAGUCCUGACAACAAGGAUCCUCUUAUUUCAUUUCUGCAUAAUGAAAGAGCCUUUGGAUUUACUAGAAGUGGUUUUUCCUCCCUGUAUUUUUCCAUCUUGGUCCCCCCCCCCGCCCCCAUCCUUUCCAUCCCUUGAAUGGACUCAGAAUUGUCAGCUACCUCCCCAAGAGGGGUUUGGAAAGCUUCUGUUGGCCCAUCACUUGACUAGAUGACAGCUGUGAGUAAAAUACCUGCUGCUAACACGACUGCUUCUCCCAGAGAGCACAUUGAGGUCCAGACAGAUCCAAACCUUGGCCCUAAAAAAAUGUGUGCUGUAAAGUUACUUGAUGUAUAUUUAUUAUAAUUAUUUAUGGUUGCAUCUAACAAACUUUUCAUUCAAUUUGAUGCUAUUUACACCAUUGCUGUGUAAAAGAAGCUCAUGACAGGAAAAGUCACACCAAUAAAUAACCUUCAUCUAAUUUUGAUUUACCUUAAGAGUUGUGUGAUCAUCUACUCUUGCUGAGAAGAUUCGAAGGCCAACAUGCUUGGAUGGCUCUGAUACUGGAGGGUCGCCAAGAAGCUAGGAAUUAAAAGUAUUUCUAAUUA